AUGAAUACGACCAAUCAAAUUUCUACCUACAUAGGGAAUCGGCUUGAUGUGAUACCACCCCGUACGGUUCUUAUCAAUGUAGCCACUGAUAGUGGCACUUACAUUUACAGGGUUCUGGUUCCGUCUAUUACCUUGUCGUCUCGUGGACCUAAAUUGACAUGUUUCCGGCGUCCUUCGACUAAUCUCCUGAAGUUCGGUAAUGAGAAGGAGGCGAGUGGCGUUGAGUCCCAAGAAACAUCGAGCAUGAAGCCGCCCAACGCAGUUUCUCCUCAAACAACUGAUUUUGAGAGAAGAACCUCAAUAAUGCUUCAGUUGAGCAACCUAACUCAGAAUGGUUGCUACGAAUGCUCGAAGCGUCGGAUCAGCUGCGAUCGCGCGGAGCCUGAAUCGAUGGGGCGGCAUCGCGAGGCUUUUGGAGAGGCAAAACCGUUCAGCAAGCCUACGAACAACCACGAGACCACGAACGGGGCUACCAUAGUGUACAAAUAUGGCGCACAACAAGAAAAAGGCACUUCUCCCCGACUUCAGGUCCGGUCGGCAUGGCACAAGGUCUGGGACCAGUUACCGUCUACUCUGGAUUAUUCCCACCAGCUAAUGAUGUGCGAGAAUUCAGCUGGGCCAGCUCACGUAGAGUCCGACGGUGCUACUAUUGUGCCCUCCGAACGGCAUGAAAGCACCGUUCGUAAUAUUAUUCUCGAGAGUUUAGACAGGCCUGCUACUCUAUGGUCCGAGAUGGAAGCCGGUGCCACCCGCUGUUUCACUCAUCAACCAACCUCAAGCAACUUGACCCCUUGGGAGACUCAUUUGCUGUCGUAUUUCUCAGCCCACAUUGCGGUAGAAAUGGUGGCCGCGGAUGGUCACCAUAACGGCUGGCGCCACCUUGUUCUACCUAUCGCUCAUAUGGAUCCCUUAGUAUUGAAAUCCGUGCUCGCCGUUUCUUCGUUUCAUUUAAGUAAUCAAAGACGUACGGCCGAGUCUGAGGGCAACACGCACCAGGUCACAAGGUCAAGGCUACACAACACGUCGGUGGUUCCGAUGCAGCUAUACGCAACAACAAUUCAUGAUCUAGGAAGACGACGUGACCUCGAAGCCCAUGAUCGUUCAAGUAAGAUUCGCACAUUAGUCGUCAUACUUGUCCUACUUGUUUCCGCCAUGGUGACAGGAUCGGAUGACUUCCCGAUGUUGUUUCGUCUCCUAGAAUCUGCACUGGCAACUAUUGGUGGAGAAGACUGUCUGGGACACGAUGAGCUUUCAGCCUUUAUAAUGCGCCAGGUUUACAAUUUCCCUUUUGAACGUGGCAUUCUGACUCUAUCUUCACGAAAGCAAGUCACUAGAGCAUUCGAAUGCAUGAAAUACUGCUCGCAGCAGCGACCAGAGCAUUCGGAGACAGUAUCGCGCAUUAUGAAUCUAGUUCAGCAGUCGCACAAUAUCUAUCUCCACAGAGCAGGUACUAAUGUGAUGAUAUCACAGUCUGCCGUAAUCAGUCUUGAUAAUCACAUGAAGAAAUCUGUCGAGAGAGUGCAAUUGUUUAUCGAAACUUUCCAAUCAUUCCCCGCUGACUCACCAGGAAGAGAAGUGUUGGUUUGGGCAUUCUUUGUGGCAGCUUCAGGAUGCAUGACGGAUGAGCAUAAGGACUUUUUCAGAAUCACUCUACGUGAAUGUCACCAGAAGAGUCGUUUUGAGAACAUCUUAAAGGCUCUUAAUCAUCUAGAAAGAAUCUGGGAUCGUCAGCUCUUUGGACUUCGCUGGGCUUCUCAGCUCCCUGAAGCUCGUUUGCUCAUCAUUAAGGUGUGGGACGAGGCAGAGGAUUGCAUAGCUUGA